GUCUCCCAAUUGGGCAGCAUGUUCAGUUGAUUGCAAAAAUAGAUGACGACUUGGUCAUCAGGUCGUACACGCCUGUAUCUUCAGAUGAUGAUCAUGGUUUUGUUGACUUUGUCAUCAAGGUAAUUAUUGACUUUGAGUUCAUAGUCAUAAAAAUAGUAUGUUCCCAUUGUCCAAUUGCUUGACCCAUUCUUUAAUACAGGCUGAAUCUCCUGCUGAAGUUACUAAAGGGAACAUGACACCUUCAUCAAAGGUUAGAAGUUAGAAGGGAUUUUUGUAGUUGUGUGAUUGUUCAUUUGCUUUCAUAGUGCUUUUUAAAUCUUAAUACGCAUUGCAGACUGGAGUGGAUUUUUGGAAUGUAAUUUGUUGCUAAAGCAGUUAUUUUGAUAAUUCGAGUAUGUGUGCUGAAUUCAAUAAUAUUCAUUUCUAUAAUAAUUAUCCCCAAGGUUUCACCCACUGGACGUUUAGGUGGCACCACGACCAAGCAUUCAAGUUGGAUGUCAAUUUAGUAAUGUCAUCUAAGGUACAAAAUGUAAUCGGAAGUUCACUUAAAAACAAAGUUUUGUGUUAGUAACAGCUUACGGCGUACGAAGUCGCGCGUAACGGCUGAUACAAAAUAAAACGUCUUUAUGAGAAAAUAUAAGUUGAUUAAAAUAACUAUUUGAGUCACUCCAUAACAUGUACUCCACCUGUUUUCGUUUAUACUUAAGAAGGGGAGAGGGGGGACCAAAAAGUCGAUUUCAUGACCUAUUUUCAUCUGAUAUCUGUUCAUAAAGUGGCGGUUCCCACAUUUUGCAAUCUCGAUUCCGUCCAUCGCCUAGACAAAAAUAACGAUUUUCUACAAAUUCUUCAAAAUGGUGAUAACUCAAAAAUCGUCCGUAAUUGGAUAUAAGUUCAUACAACGCUUUUCUAAUUGAUGAAGAUAACCUUCUCAUGAUAUUUAGGGCGCCUUGUAUAUUUAAAAAGGUUGCCGAAGCUCUUUGCUAUGAACAAGCUAUUGGAUUCUACUUUAAAUUAAUGGAGGCAUGUAUAGUCUGCGAAAAUCAAAAAAUCGCCAAUUUUGGACCAACAAACUAGCUUAAAAAUCCAUUUAAAAUAAAUUUAUCUUGAAAUACUCUUCGGAGUCUUGUAGGGAAAGAAUUUAGCUUUAAUUUAGAUACAUGGCAACCUCAAAAAUAAUAGUUACUAACAGAGUUUUUAAUCAUUUUUAGGGCUUUUCAGGCGAUGAAUGGCCUGUAGCUCGAAAACAACUAACUUUAGAGUAAGUUCCUGAGGACCGGAAUGAUCCGAAACAUCAAAAAAAUAUUUGAAGCGAUAAAAACUUUUUUGUAUAUAUUUGAGUGGGGUCCUCACAUUUUGCAAACUCAAUUCCAUCCAGCGCCUAGUCUGCAUCACCCAAACUAGAAUGCCACAGGUUUUGUUUUUAUCUACCAGACAACACAGUAUAUGCUAUAUUUGUUAGCCCCACGGUAACCAAUGGGUGUUUAGGCCUUUGUGGUAGUCGGAGUAUAAAAAAAAUCCAUUGCCCUCUUCUCCCUCAGCUUAGCACGGUUUCUGUGAUUUUGCCAAUGCCAAUAGUGAAUCAAACUCCAAAUAAAGUCACUCGAAUGCUAUAUUUGUGAUGAUAUGGAUUUUUCGUCAGGAACAAUCACUGAUCAACAUUUAUCUUGAAGGUCUACUUCAAAAACGUCCAUCCGAAAUUCCCAGACGGUGGCAAGAUGACACAGUAUUUAGAAUCCCUGAAACUGGGUGACACUUUGACAUUUCGCGGGCCCUCUGGCCGAAUUCAAUACACAGGACCUGGGACGUUUGCUGUGAAAAAGCUUAGAAAAGAUCCUCCAAUCAUAUACAAGGCCAGUAAGGUUAACCUCAUAGCUGGAGGAGUGGGAAUCACCCCUAUAUUGCAGCUGAUCAGACAUGCUGUGAAAGAUUCAAAUGACAAGACAAAGAUGGCGCUAUUAUUUGCUAACCAGACAGAAAGGGAUAUCUUGCUGAGAGACGAGUUAGAAGAUGUAGCAAAGAAGUUUCCAGGCAGGUUCAAGUUCUGGUACACACUAGAUAAAGCUGAAGAAGGAUGGCAGUACAGCCAGGGUUUCAUAAAUGAAGACAUGAUAAAGGAGCAUUUAUACCCGGCAACUUCAGAUACCUUGACGUUGAUGUGCGGCCCUCCACCAAUGAUAAAAUUCGCCUGUAUGCCGAACCUUGAGAAGCUUGGACAUGAUCCUGACAGGUGCAUCGCAUACUGAGCGAUGUUUUUUUUGUUUAGACUGAACUUAUUGUGUAAUAUACAUAUACAUGUAUUUAUCAAUUUAUAGGUGUUUAUUAAAGUUGGUAGAAAAAUGUUUGCA